ACGGCAUGACGUCUGACGCAACUGGCCAAUAGCAAAUGUGAAGGAAGUUUGCGUUGUCUUGUUCCUAAGCAACAAGUGUAAACACACCUGGAAACAUUAUUGAACCUGAGGCGAUCCAGCGGAAAAAAACACACCGUCCACAGGUUUGACAACGCUGUUAUUAGACGAUCAACCUCUGCUGGAGCUGCAUAUGUGAGACGGUUUCUGAGAUCGGCCUUUCACAAACAUGCAAACGGUGCCACACCAUCACCUCACACAUCACUUCUGGGAAAGAGAGACCGUAUCAUCAAAACUUCCAUUCUUGUACAGAGAGAGCAUGAUCAGACACCGCAGUCCCUCGGGAACUCAUCACAGCUCCAGGCUGGAUGUUCUGGAAAACCAAGAGGGAAGGUCCCUGAGAGAGAGACAACAUCCCUGGCAACAUCCAGACAUCAUCCAUAGGAAGAAAAACACAGAGCUGAAUGAAUACGUUCCUUCACGGAGAACGUUAGACAAAAUAUUCCCUCUGAAACCAGUCCUCCACAAGAGGGCGUUCAGCCUGAGUAAUGUCACCAAACCAGAACAUCAAGAGAGAUUUUACUCAUGUCUGCCUGCACUAACCCAUCAAGCUGCCGUCAGACACCAGCAGAAGGCUGGCAGGAAACUAGACCCUCUCAAUCUGGACCGGGAGCACCAGGAACACAAGCAAACACACUUUUCAAAGGAAAUCCACUCCAAGGAGAUAAUGCUCCAGCAGAAGAUUUUCAAAGUAGAAGAGACCCUGCGAAGAGUCCAAAAAGAGAAGACUAAAGAGAGAAAUCAGAGUUAUUUCGAGGACAACAGGUUCUAUAGUAACGGAUACAGCGACUGGGAUGAGGAAAGGCACAGAUAUGGGAAUGGAAGAGAUGAUAUGGAAAGAUGGGAGGAAUGGGAGCGAGAGGUGCAGAGGAGCAGAGAAAGGGAGGGCAGGAGGAGACCUUUGACUUUAGAGAUGGCAAAGAGUCACAAACUGGAGGAAAAGAGAGAGUGGGAUGACUACGAACACACAGCAAAAGGCUGGAACAGGGAAACUGGUAAUGGGCGACGAGAGCGAGGAAUGGGACAAGACCAUCAUGUCAGAAGAAGGAGCGAAAUGCACAACCUCAGAGAAGAUGACGUGAGAAAACCGAACACGUCUGAGUCUAUGAGAAGGGACCGAGCUCACCUCAAACAUGAGAGGAGGGAAAAUAAAGAGGGUUUGUAUCAGCUCACAUCAAGGCUUAUGAAGAGGCCGCUGGCAGCACGGACAAGGAUUCCCAGCCAGAGAGGAAACCGACUGCAGCAGGUGGAGCUCACUCCGGAGGAGGAUCCCGACGCUCCGCACCAGCUGGUUCCAUGUAACGUGUGCCAUCGAUGCUUCGCACGAGAGCGGCUGGAGACGCACAUGAGGGUGUGUGAGAAAAAGCGGCCGCAGCGCAAGGUCUUCGACAUGUCACAGUACAGAGCCAAAGGAACAGAGCUGGAGGAGUUCAUGAAGAUCAACAGUAGAAGCAAAACGCCUGAACUGAAGAAGAAUAAUUGGCGGCAGAAACACGAGGCCUUCAUUCAAACCAUGCGUCAGGGUCGAUCUCACGAGCCACAGUCAGUCUCCAAUCUAAAUCCAGAAUAUGUAACCUGCCCUCAUUGUGGCCGCAAAUUUGCCCCAGGCCCAGCAGAGAGACACAUCCCAAAGUGCCAGAACAUCAAGAGCAGACCAGCACCUCCUAAACAACCGCAGACCAGCGCGAAGGAAGAGGACGGCACGCUGACACGAGCUUCAUCAGCUGCAGCUUUUGGAAAACUUAGAGUAGCAUCUUAGUGAAAUAUAAUACAAUAAUAAUAAAAAUAUAAUACAAUAAUAAUGAAAAAAAAAAAAAAUAAAAAACAUAUGAACAUGAUUCAUGGCAUUGAAACCAUAUCAGCUGUACAUAUGGAUAAAACCUUAUAUGUUAGAUAGAUAGUGUUUUAUACUAAUUUCAAAAAAAUUCAGUCAGAAGCCUUUAUAAACGGAACAAUGUAGGUAUAAAUUUUGUGAAAGUUGUGUUAUUGUAAGUCAAACUGACAUAUGUAUAUAGCACAUGUUCAUAAAACAUCAAUCUCACAUUAAAAUAUCUCAUGUUUACA